GCACCCGUCACUCAGGCGGUUGUAGCGGGGUCAUUUCAGUCCGGGUUAUAGCAGAGUCAGGUCACUCACUGUACUUGGAAAAAGACGCUACAAUGGCGGGACGUCUUCUUCUCCGAGCUUGUACAACAACACUGCAGCUGAGGAGCAGCGUGCUGGCCCCGCCGCUGCACCGUUCAAUGGCCACGGUGAGAGGCAUACCAACAGAUGAAGAACAGGCCACUGGACUGGAGCGCCGUACCCUCCAGGCCCUCAAACAGGGAAAGGACCCUUACAGCAUCCUGAAACCAAAGCACUAUGCCGGUACCAAAGAAGACCCUCACAUUGUGCCAGGCAUUGGAACCAAGAGGCUGGUGGGAUGUCUCUGUGAGGAAGACAACACUGCUAUUGUGUGGUUCUGGCUUCAUGAGGGAGAGGCCCAGCGCUGUCCUUCCUGUGGUUCCCACUAUAAGUUUGUCCAUCACGAGUUGCCCCACUGAUACCAAAACUAACACAAAAAGCCCCCAAAUUGGGCAACAACAGACAAGUGUAUUUGCCUCCUUUAUGGCCAUAUUCUGCAGUGUGCGCACGUCAUUCAACUUGUACAGUUUAUGAUUAAAUUGUGACUUGAAGUGGAAUGUGUUGAUGAGUAUUUUCAUGAGGGAACAGACAAACACAGUUAAAAUAUUAAAGGUUAAUUUACUAUAUAAGCUGGACUUUAAAGGGGACCUAUUAUUCUCAUUUCCAACAUAUUUUAAUUCAUCACAGCAGUUUUGUACUGUCAAUUUUAAAUUUUACUUAUACUCUACCUUAAUGCAGGCCCUCAGAUUUCGUCUCUCACUUUAAAGCAACUUUAUUUCUGAUUGGCUGCCCCUCACAAAGGCUUCUAUUGCACUUUAA